AUGCCGAACCCUACGACGCCUCAAGUCAUUCAAUUACAUAACGUCAACUCGCUCCACAACUCCAACUUUGACAGCUCUAAGCCCAUCAAGGUUAUAGUUCAUGGUUGGAACGGCGAUGGAUCAAAUUCCAUGAACAGACAACUGACUGAAGCCUUCCUCCAAGACGGUGACUACAAUGUUUUCGUGCUUGACUGGAGUCAACUGGCAAACCGAAACUAUUUGACAGCGAAGAAUGGAGUUCCAGCAGUGGGUAGAAGACUGGGACAGUUCCUCAACUGGCUCGUGUCUUUGGGCGCUUCUUUCGAUACCAUGCACCUCGUAGGUUUCAGUCUUGGCGGUCACCUCGUUGGUAACGCUGGACGGGAAACUGGUGCUCAGGUUAGGAGAAUUACUGCUCUGGACCCCGCUGGACCACUAUGGGGAGGUGACCGCGAGCGUCUCGUCGAAACCGAUGCAAGAUACGUCGAAGUAAUGCACACAAACACGUUGUUCCUCGGAUUCACUGACCCUUGUGGUCACGCUGACUUCUACCCCAACGGAGGCCGCAGCAUGCCUGGGUGCUGGACUAACAGCUGUUCGCAUGGUAGAGCUGUGGAUUACAUGGUCGCUUCUAUAAGAUACAACCACUUCCUUGCUAACGAGUGCGGAAGUCGCUCUAAUGCUACCAGUAAUCGUUGCACUGGAGCAGUAUAUCAUAUGGGAAACAGCGACCUGAAUAAAUCUGGAUCUGGAAUAUACCGAGUCAACACGGCUUGA